UAAUUCAAGAAAUAAUAAUAAUAAGUUAUUCUUACCAAAAAAAAAAUUAUAAAACAAAGGUGCAAUAUUAUCCGAUGAUGUUGCGGUCAUCGAAGUUGUGGUUUUCAUUUGUUCUUUGGAUCUGAAGAAGAAGGGAGAGGACUUUUUAUUUUUAUUUAUUUUUUUAAUUUCCCCUUUUCUUUCUAUAUCUUAAACGCGACAUCGUCAUCAUCAUCAAAACAUUUCAACAACAAAAACAAAAAUAAAAAAACAGCUAUAACAAAGCUAAACAAACAAUAACAUCAUCACUAAUAUUAACCUAGCAGCAACCUUUUUCAUAUCAAAAAACAAGUUUUUUUCUUUUUUUUUUUUUCUCGAACCUGCGAAAAUCUAUUUUAUUUUUCUUUUCUUUUCUUUUAUUCUUUUUUUUUUCCCCCAAGCUCAAUCUUCUCUUCCUCUAUAAACCUUUCUUUUUUUCUUUUUAAUUUUUAGCCCGCUGCACAAAAUAAAAAUAAAUAUAAUCUCGUUUAAUUUGUUCGAUCUCUGUGAUUUUGCGGUGAUUGGAGAAGAUAAAAAUUUCUGACGAGUUUGGGGAAAUUCCGCGUUUCGCAUUUGUCUUGUUUGGUUGUGAAUGGAAAGAUAGUCGGAGCUGGAAUAAGGCAAAGGUCAAACGUCUAUAGACAGGUUUUCUGAGUUUCCAUUUCAUUGUUUAUUUUUUCUUUUCGAUUCCGAAGAAGAUGCUGUAUUUGAAGCAGCCAAGCUCCAUUGUUUGCAAAGGAGGACCGAUUGUGGUUUGGCAAGAAUAAGGUAAUUCCGGAAUAAGUUAUGGGAUUUUCUAUCAGCGGAAACAGAAAAUAAAUAAAAAAAAAGGUUCUGUCGUUAGUGCAUGCUCUUCUGAUAAAUUCCCUGAGCCUGGGGCUCGGGGGAGAUCUGAAGCCAGACAUUAAAGCGGAGAAAAAAGAGGCUUAUCAUGGAAUCAUCCGCAGCAGAAAAUAGUGAUAAAAUUAACAAUAAUGAGAGCUCCUUCCAAUCUCAAACUUCCACCUGUAUGCAGAGAUUCAGACUCUACGAAACUCGAUCGAAUUUUUAUAUGAUUGGAAGGGAUAAGAGCAGAACUUAUUGGAGAGUGUUAAAGAUUGACCGGCUUGAUCCUUCUGAGCUAAUCAUUCGUGAAGAUUCUACCACGUAUACGGAGAGUGAAUGUUCUGAGUUGUUGAGGCGAAUACAUGAAGGAAAUAAACCCACCGGUGGAUUGAAAUUCAUUACCACUUGUUAUGGAAUUGUUGGAUUUAUUAAAUUUUUGGGGCCUUACUAUAUGCUGCUUAUUACAAAACGAAGACGGAUUGGUGCGAUUUGCGGUCACAAUGUAUAUGCAAUUUCUAAGAGUGAGAUGAUUCCCCUCCCAAAUUCAACUGUUAACUUGAGCAUUACCGACUCUAAGAAUGAGAACAGAUACAAGAAGCUUCUAUGCACAGUGGAUCUCACAAAGGACUUCUUCUUUAGCUAUUCACACCAUGUUUUGCGUAGUCUUCAAAAGAACUUGUGUGAUAAUGAACCAGGCCAAGUUCUUUAUGAGACAAUGUUUGUUUGGAAUGAGUUCCUGACUCGAGGGAUCCGCAGUCACCUCCAGAAUACUCUAUGGACAGUUGCAUUGGUGUAUGGCUUCUUUAAGCAGGCCACUCUUUCUGUAUCUGGACGGGAUUUCAAACUUACGCUCAUUGCAAGACGAUCCCGACACUUUGCAGGUACCAGGUAUUUGAAACGAGGAGUAAAUGAAAAAGGCAGAGUAGCUAAUGAUGUUGAGACAGAGCAGAUUGUUUUUGAGGAUGUCCCUGAUGGGCUUCCCACACAAAUAACUUCCAUCGUCCAGAAUCGAGGCUCAAUCCCACUCUUUUGGUCACAAGAAACCUCACGAUUGAAUCUUAAACCAGAUAUCAUAUUGUCAAUGAAGGACCAAAAUUAUGAAGCAACCAAACUUCAUUUUGAAAAUCUUGUCAAGAGAUAUGGCAAUCCUAUAAUUAUUUUGAAUUUGAUUAAGACACAAGAGAAGAAGCCUCGAGAGUCAAUUCUUCGUCAAGAGUUUGCAAAUGCGAUUGAUUUUAUCAAUAAAGAUUUGUCGGAAGAGAAUCGUUUGAGGUUUCUUCACUGGGAUCUACACAAACAUUCUCAGAGGAAAGCAACAAAUGUUUUGCUACUUUUGGGCAAAGUGGCUGCAUAUGCAUUAACGCUAACAGGUUUCUUUUAUUGUCGGGUGAUAUCAACCUUGAGACCUGAGGAGUGUAUGGCUUCGCCUUCCUCUGAGAAUAUUGAUGAUGGAGACAUCUCACUCCAGAAAUAUUGCAACAAUAUUAAUGAGGAUGCUUACAGAUUGGAGGGGAAUUAUUCUGGUGAUAAUAAUGUUGCUAAUGGAAAUCAUUCUGUUAAGCCUCCCACAUUUCAAAGAGGUGUGCUUAGGACCAAUUGUAUAGACUGUCUGGAUCGCACUAAUGUUGCACAGUAUGCAUACGGAUUGGCUGCUCUUGGACACCAGCUUCAUGCUUUAGGGAUUAAAGAUACCCCAAAGAUAGACCUUAAUGAUCCUUUGGCGGAUGAAUUAAUGGGUUUUUAUGAGAGAAUGGGUGACACACUUGCGCACCAAUAUGGUGGUUCUGCAGCUCACAAUAAGAUAUUCUCUGAGAGACGUGGUCAGUGGAGAGCAGCAACCCAGUCCCAGGAGUUCUUUAGAACUCUUCAACGAUAUUAUAGCAAUGCAUAUAUGGAUGCAGAGAAACAAGAUGCAAUUAAUGUAUUCCUUGGGCAUUUCCAGCCCCAGCCUGGAAAACCUGCACUUUGGGAGUUGGGUUCAGAUCAGCAUUAUAGGGGAAGAAAUGGGGAAACAAUUUUGGAUGAAGAUGGAAGGUCACUUUUCAAAAGAUCCUUUUCUGAUGGAAACAUUCUUCAUCCAAGUAGGUCACCUAUGUCAGCAACAAAUGACAAACAAGAGAAAUUUACCAAUUCAACUUUGCCUCACCAAUCACAAGGAGGAAGUAAUGGCCUUUUGGAGUCAUCACCUGAGAUAUCAACUUGUGAAAGUGAUAUAUCAUAUUCAAGGUAUAUGCCCUCAAUGCCUCGAAGGCAUCUGUUUGGAGAUGUGCAAAGAGAUCGCUGUCUUGAAACUGAUCACAUUUUCUUCUCUGAACACAGGGAUGGAUUCAAUUGCUCUAACUUCGUUGACCUAGACUGGCUUUCAUCCUCUGGAAAUUCAUGCGAGGAUGAACCAUUUGAAAGGUCAUCAGUGCUUACAAGCUCUCCAGUUGCUGGGCUUUCAUCAGAGAAUGUUGUCAAUGGAAUAUUGGAAGAAACAACCCCAUCCACUAGUGAAUAUGGAUCGAGUAUGAAGGGAUCACUGCCGACAGGAACUGAGCUAUCCUUUGCUAAUUCGCAGAAUUAUAAUGUUCUUGAGGAAUUCUCUGAUAGUUUUGUGCAUUGGGUGGACUAUGGACAGAUGCUUUGCCAUUAAACUUUUGCUCGUUUUCCUCGAGUUGAUGACAUAUAUGUCCACGCCUUCACCAAUUCAAGCUGCCGCAUUGAUGCAAGCUGUCAACGGAAACCAAUUUAGCUAGCGAAAGGGAGAGCUGAACCAGUUGUACGGGUACUCUUAUGUAAGAUAGCCUCAAGCAGUCGUUUUGGCCCUCAUGUAUGACUACAGCAUUGAUUCCUUCUUGAAAAAGCCUCAACCAGAAAUUGAUACUCGUACAAAAGAGUAAAUAUUCAACAGUUAAAAAGAAAUGCUUUCUGGAGCUCAUCCAUUUUUCUAAUUCCUUCUUCCGUGAAUGGACGAAAUAGCAGCAGUCUUGUAAAUAUUAUUGCUUUCCAAAGAGCUCCACAUUCUAGGAUUUCAGGUCAUUGAUUCUUUAUUUCCUUAACUAGCGUUGCAGUCAAAAGGUUUUUGGAGGAAGGACCAGUUAUAAGACUGAUGUUGCCUUUAAGCUGUGAAGAUCUAGAGCUUUAAUUUUCAGCCUCCUGGGGUUUGUUUUCCAAGCCAUUGGUUUUUUCAUUUCAACUUCUUUUUUAUGUAUUUUAAUAAACAAUCUUUGGGUUCAAUAGUCGGUUUCUGAUGGUCUAUAAGUAACAGAAAACUAGGCAGUGGCUUGGGCCUUAAUUACUCGAUGGUUGCAGCGUCUUUAAGUUUUGCAGCUUCUUUAAGUUCGUAUCUUCGGUCAUCUAUUGUUCGGACGAGGAGAAGAUUGAUAUUGAAACUGUUGCUUCUAUAAACGUUUACGUUUUACUCUCUCUUCAUUGUGAAAAUAACGU